UCGAUCCUGAGCCACCGGGACAGAGGAAGCUGGGAGAAGGAGAAAGAGCAAGAACGCUGUGGGUCGGAGCUCGCCAGCACCAGCAGCACUAAGGGUGUGUCCUUGGGCCUCAAUUCAAGCGGGGCCAUGCGUUGCUCUACCCUCAUGGCUAUCCUGACGGGGGUACUGCUGUACCUGGUCUUGGGCGCUCUCGUCUUCCGCACCCUGGAGGCACCGCGAGAGAGUCGCCAGCACUGGAAGCUGCACAAGGCACGGCUGGACUUCUUGGGGAACAACUCCUGUGUCAGUCCCGAUGGUCUGCAGGCCCUUAUACAGGAGGUGGUGGAUGCCCUCGGAGCAGGCGUGGACGCCACCGGCAACUCCUCCAGCUUCACCAGCCGAUGGGACUUGGCCAGCGCCUUCUUCUUCUGCGGCACGAUCAUCACUACUAUCGGUUUUGGCCACAUUUCCCCAAAAACAGAUGGGGGUCAGCUGUUCUGCAUCUUCUACGCCUUGGUGGGCAUCCCUAUGUUUGGCAUCCUGCUGGCCGGAGUGGGAGACCACCUUGGGACCCUGCUACGGAGAGCCAUCGGCAAGAUGGAGACCCUCUUUCUGAAAUGGCGGGUGAGCCCCACCUUGGUGCGCAUCAUUUCGGCCGUGCUUUCCAUCCUGCUGGGCUGCCUGGUGUUCCUGCUCGUGCCCACCAUCGUCUUUCAGAGAAUCGAGCAGUGGAACCUGCUGGAGGCGGCCUACUUCGUGGUCAUCACCCUCACCACCGUGGGCUUUGGGGACUACGUGGCGGGUCCCCCAGGUCCUGGCGGGAACAACUACCCUGUGUACAAGCCCUUGGUGUGGUUCUGGAUAGUAGUGGGUCUGGCCUACUUUGCCUCCAUCCUCACCAUGAUUGGAAACUGGCUGAGGGUUCUGUCCAAAAAGACCCGAGCUGAGAUGGAGGAGCUCAGGGCUCAUGCCACGGACUGGACUCAGAACAUCCAGAACAUGUCUGUGGAUUUCCGAAUCCCGAACCCGCUUGACCUUAACGACCCCUUCCAGCGCCGUCGCCGGAAACGCCGCCGAGGGCCUCGUUCUCACGGCCACCCUCACAGCCACGCCCACACGUGGCAGAACAGGGCGGGGCUUGAGGAUGGUCGGAGGCUUGGGGAGAACGGCAUGCCCAGCAGCCAGUCUGAAUCGGGCUCCUCGUCGUCCUAUGACUCUGGUGAGUCAGGAGAGUCGGGAUCCUACUCCGAGGGUUCUGAGAAGCUGGGCAUGAAGGAGCUCCACGAUGAUUCUGGAGGCAAUGCGGCCCCCCACCAGUUCUUCCCAGGGCCCCUCAGCUGUCAGCCUCUGGACUACUUUGGGGAGAAUCUGGCAUACAUAGAUGAGUCUUCCGACGCGCUGAGCGAGAGGAUGAAAGCGGACCCUCUGCUUGAUCCAGCCUCUGUCAAUUCUGUGCCCCCGCGAAAGCCCAAAAGAAGACGUCUCCGAAGACAGGUGGGCCAGAAGAUCCCGAGGAACUCGCCAACUGACCAGCAGAGAAAGGAGCUCAAUGGCGACAUCCAGCCCCCAUCUAACCCCCCGUCUCCCCCUCCCCAGUCCCUGCAAAGACAUUGA